GCACUUCAAAUCAAAACUUUCCCAUGUACCGCCGUCAUCCCUUCUCCAUCGUCCAUAUUUCUAUCACUGUGGAUGCAUUUAAAAGCUGGAUUGUGCAAGUUGAGCUGGCAAUAUAAAGGCUGAUCAAGCCUCUGGACAUUAGAAUGGGGCUCAAGCCGCUAGAAUUUGCCGAUUGUUUGCUGGACAGCCCGUAUUUCCGUGAAAACGUCCACGAACAUGAGCGGGAACUCGAGCGAACGAACGAAGCAAUCAAAGGGUUGAUUAAGGAAUGCAAAGCUUUGAUGAAAGCUACUGAGAAUCUGUCUAAAGCCAAACGAAGCUUUGCACAAGUCUUGGACAAUUUCCGGUUUGAGUGCAUUGGUGAAGUUGAGACUGAUGAUGAAAUCCUUAUAGCUGCUGCCCUCAAGGAAUUUGCCCAGGUUAUUGACACAGUUGAAGAUGAGCGUGACAGAAUGAUCAACCAUGCAAAUUUCCAGCUUAUUCAGCCACUAGAGCAAUUCCGCAAGGAACAGAUUGGUGGGGCAAAGGAGGAGAAGAAGAAAUUUGACAAACAAACUGAGAAGUUCUGCAUUGCUGUUCAGAACUACUUGAAUAUGUCAUCCAAGAAGAAGGAAGUUCAAUUACAAGAGGCAGAUGCACAGUUACAAAUGGAGCGCAGGGUCUUCCAUCAGACAGCACUUGACUAUGUCUUCAAAUUACAAGAAGUUAAUGAGACAAAGAAAUUUCAGUUUGUAGAAACUCUCUUAUCAUUCAUGUAUGUACAAAUGACAUUUUUUCAUUCUGGCCAUGAAGCAUUCAAGGAUUACAUGGAAUACAUGACAGAUCUUCAACUUCGAUUACAAAAUACUAGAGACAGAUUUAGUGCAACUAAAGAACAGGCUGAAAGUUUGAUGAACAAAGUUCAGCAAAAAGCACAAAGUGGGGAGUUACAGUACCAAGGUGCACACACACGCCAGGGGUAUUUAUAUGUCCAGGAGAAGCGCAAAGGUGGCUUGGGUUAUACUUGGUCUAAACACUACUGCCUUUACACAAAAGAAAACAAGAUCCUGACGAUGAUCCCCUAUGUGCAGACGCAAGGCAAAAUGAAUGCUUGUACAGAUACUAUGGUUAUUACUCAUUGCACCAGGAGGAUGACAGAGACUAUAGAUAGAAGAUUUUGCUUCGAUAUUCAAGCUUUAGAUAGACCUGGCUCCAUCACGUUGCAAGCCUUGAAUGAAGAAGACAGGAAGUUAUGGAUGGAAGCUAUGGAUGGCAAAGAGCCGAUUUACCUGGACUCCAAUCAACUACCAACUGCAGCUGAUGCGGAGGCAGCAGAACUUGGAUUGCUCUUUAUAAGGAAAUCAAUACGUGCUGUUGAGAAAAGAGGGCUGACAGACCAAGGCUUAUAUCGAAUAGUUGGUGUUGGCUCAAAGGUCCAGAACUUGUUAUUCCAGUGUGUUGAGAAAAAGAAAAUUUCCCAAAUUGAGUUGGAGUCUGAUGACAGUGAAUAUGAAGUUAAAACUAUUACCAGCGCUCUUAAGCAGCAUUUGCGGAACAUGGAUCCACCUCUUUUCACCUAUGAAUACCAUGAGGACUUUCUUGAUGCUGUCAAACAAGAUACAUAUGAAAAAAGAGUAGCGUCACUGUCCAAGCUAGUUCAGCUCUUGCCAGAGGAGAACAAGAAGCUGAUUGUUAUGAUUAUGGAACAUCUCAAGAAUGUUGCUGCUAACUCCAAUAAAAACCUCAUGGCAGCCAGCAAUUUGGGCGUGGUCUUUGGACCAACUCUCAUGAAGUCCCGCGAAGAGACAAUGGCUGCCAUCAUGAACUUGAAGUACCAGAGUGUGGUGAUUGAGCUCCUUGUCAAGGAGUUUGAUAGGGUGUUUGGUCCUCUUAAAGAGAAAAAUGAUGUGGAAAAACGGAGCAACUCUGUGACUUCAGUAUCGUCUGUCAACUCCCUGACUGAAAAGCCUCCACUCCCCUCUCUUCCUCCAAAGAAGAAGAUAAGUAAUGACACAAGCAAUGACGCUAAGUUUGAUGAGAUCAUUGAUGACAAGAAGCCGAUGUCUGCAAAAUCAUAUCCUGCUCCUGCGCCUCCACCGCGCCCCUGCCCAGCACCGCGAGUUCGGAAAACAAUCCCAUCCUCAACAGAUUCUGAAGAAGACGAAAAUAACUCUAAGACUGAAUCCUCAAAUAGCUUGCCCCGCCCUGGAAGACCGCCCUCUCCAUCCACAAGAGGCAUGAAACCUUUGCCACCGCCUAAGAAACCAGAUGUUGUUGCUGAGUUCAGGCAGCGUAAUUCAGAUGACGAUGGCCCGCGCCCAGUCUCAAUGGUCAUUCAGAUGUUUUCAGCGGCUGAGAAAGAUCAAAAGGGCGGAAAUGAGGCCGGUGGAACAAAGUCACACUCACCACCUAGAGCUAAGCCGCCGCCUCUGCCUCGAAACCCACCCCCUAAAGAUGAAUCCACUCCUCCGAGAACGCCAAGGAGAGUGAGGACGUUAUACCCAUGUGUAGCAGAAAACACCUCAGAAUUAUCGUUUGAUGCGGGUUCCAUUAUUUCAAAUAUUCGAGAAUCUAAGGAGCCGGGUUGGUUAGAAGGAACGCUCAACGGUCGCACGGGACUGGUACCUUGUAACUACGUGGAGUUUCUGACGUGAUCCGGCCACCAAGAGUAUUAGUAAUAUAUUAUUUAGCGAUAUGAUGAAUUUGAUUCUGUUUAAAGAGCAAUAUUAGCAUGUAAUAUGAAUAUUCUAUCGACGGGGGUAAGGUAUAAAGUAUAUUUAAGCAGAUUAUGCCAACAGUUGUUUGGCUUUUUAUGUCCAAAUGUUAGCAAUAACUGCUUCGGGCGAGAAACCGCCGAUUAUAUAUAAAGGAAUCGUCGAUAAUUUAGUACACAUUUUGUGCUUAGUUGACAACAGAGGGAAGACAUAAACACCUAAGAUUUUUUAUGUUUGCAUCAAUAAUACCGCGAAAGCAGUAAAAAAAAAAGUUGAUACAUUAAGGUUUUCUGAAGAAAAAUUGACGAAUAUGAAAGUGAAAACGAAACAAAUGCUUCGAUCGGCAAAUAGGAUUGGCUGUAAUUGAAAUCAUUCUGCCUUGAACUUUUGACAUUAAAAAUAAUAAUCGAAGAAUUCAUACAUUAAUCUGGAAUUGAGUCCAUUUGUUGAUCUUUGCGGAUCGCGAGACUGGGUUUAACUCAUAUAGACAUUUUCAAGUGUUUCAAUCAUGCUCCCAGGUACAGUGGCCGGAGCUUGCCUCGGUCUCCCUGUGUCGGGACUCGUGUGGGAAAGGGCUCUCAAAUUCGCGUAUUUUGUCACGCAACGAGUAUGCGUUACAACUGCUAGGGUCGAGAACAUCGUAGUGGAAAGAAGUUUUCGAUUUAAUGAUAAAUACGAAGCCAGCAUUGGCCAUCAGACCUAAAAUAUUACUGGGGAUUUUGUAAAAGCACAGUUAUUUAAAUUUAGUGAUUUAAUAGGUUUUAUUCACAUCUUAAAAGGUCUGCGUUGUUUGUAUAUUUGGCCAAAAAUGUCCCUGUUCUCGUGGUGCACAAGAACUCUGUUAAGAGCCCUUUCGGUUUAGCGCAUAAUCAAGUGACACACCUCUCCCUCUGUUAAGGGGAGUCGAAGUAGUUUAAGACUGGUUUUCAUAUAAUCGCACUCGAUCGCACCCUGUCGCAGGAUUGUAUGGAAACACCGUGCGAUCGUGUGCGAUCGUGUGCGAUCAUAUGGAAGCCAGCCUUAACUAUAGUGUAAGAUAGAAAAGUUCUUGAAAUGUAAAAAAAAAAUUGAUCGCUAGGUACAUCUAUACUAGAUCACAAGAGAGUAAUUAUGUGUGGUAGUCACGCCAUGCAAUAAAGACGCAUCUUACAUCCUUAUCGAAGAGAUAGAAUAAUGCUAAAUUUAGUAAAUAAUUAAUAGUAUAACAGAGCUAUUCAUGGCUCAAUGUACAUAUUUUAGUUCAAGAAAUGGUGUCUUUGUCAGGUAUGAUUUCGCUUCAGUACAAAUAGUUUUAUUUUUAACAGUUCUCCUUCUGUUUGUACUGAAUGGUAAGUGUAUGUAAGAUAAUAAACACGUCCAUAUAGUGUGUUUUGUCUGAACCGCUUUCUCUAGGGCGGGCAUAAUCAUUUGGGACAGACCAUUAGAUACUUUAGGGGGAGGGAAGGGUACAAAUCCCAGGCUUGAAAAGCAAGAAAACAAAUUAAGCAACUGAAAUACCCCGAAGAAAUGUUAUUUAAGACUAGACUACGAGUUUUUGGUGAAUCCUAUUUAUACUCUGGUUAACGAACACGACUAUUUGGGUAUUUUGAUUGAUUAAAUAAAAAUAAGCGAGAAAGAAUCUAACACAGCUGCUCCAAGCGACUCAAAAAUACUCACCCCAUUCCCUCCAAACAUCUAAUGGUCUAUCCCUUAAUAAACUUGGGGCUAUAUGCAUCUUUUUGGAACACCUUGUUUGGUCGCCUAGGACUAGCAUGUAAUGUUUUUUUUAUCCCUAAUAUAUUUAUAUUAUAAUCUAAAUUAGAUUAUGGAAGUACAGCAAUCACGCUGCCAUCAGGUAUAAUAUUAAUCGCGCAGUUAAUGUAUAAUCACCUAGGUUUAAAUACUAAUGCUGAUAAUGCCUAUAUUUUAUAAUAAACAUGUACCCACUCAUGUA